UCCCCAGCCAUGAUGAUUAGAUGUGUCCGACUCCCACUUUCGGCUGAGGGAUCAACCUUAAAUUGCCGUAUAGAAUCCGAGUGGGGGUCUGACAUCUUCAAGUCAUUGAUUUCGUAAGAAGUACUCAAGCCAAGUAAGGGUACCUUGAUGGCUCAAUACGGGCUCGAGUACCUUCUUUAUCUAGAAAGGACUGCACAUGAUACCAUUUUCCUAUACUCCCCGCCAUUCACAUAGCUUCUGAAGAUAAGCUCAACAGAUAAGACAAUCACAAGAUCCUGAGUCCUUUCAUUGAAUCAAUUAAUCAUUUAUCCAAACCUUAAUACGUACCAUCUGUUCUGCUCCUAUUUUCCCGCUUUUGUCUUCACUCGUAACCUCAUCACCCAAACCUUCAAAUCCUCUUUGGGUUGCUCCAUCUACACUUAUUCCUAUCGACGUUCUCAUCUUCAUACCGUCCCUACACACAUACACAAAAUCCACAAGCAUUACGCAAUGGGUUCAUCGCAAUCAACCCCUAAUUCUACUUCCCCUGCAGAAGCCCAACGCAUUCUUCUGGAGAAGAUUCAGAAUAUGCAGCUUCAGACUGAGGAAGAUGAUUACAUACAUGUAAAUGAGAAGGGUGCUGCUUAUCAAGCUACUUCGCGAGCUCAGUGGACUCCCUUGAGUGCUGCGAGAGUUGAAAAGUGGGAGGAGGAACUCUUGAGUGAUCCUAAGAAUCGCCUAGCUCUUAGUGCUCUCAGCAGCGCCGAUCCACGAACAGUCCUCACAUCCCGCACCACCCUCAAUCAAGACCAACAAAUCUUCUCCAUCAAAAUACCUUUUGAGGGAGCUCCAAUAACUAACCAGCGACAAUCAGGACGAUGUUGGUUGUUUGCCUCUACCAAUGUCUUUCGUGUCGCAUUGAUGAAGAGACAUAACCUCAAAGAAUUCGAGCUCUCCCAAGCUUAUCUAUUCUUUUGGGAUAAAUUGGAGAAGGCGAAUUGGUUUUUGGAACAAAUCCUUGAUACGGUGGGAGAGGAUUUGGAUGGAAGAUUGGUGCAGCGAUUGAUGGAGAGUCCGGUUAGUGAUGGCGGACAGUGGGAUAUGGUUUACAACCUUGUCAAUAAAUAUGGUCUCGUACCCCAAGUUCUCUACCCAGAUAGCUUCAACGCCCAAACAUCUUCGGUGAUCAAUAGUAUCAUCACAACCAAGCUCCGAGAAGAUGCUCUUAAACUACGCGCUGCAGCUACUACAAAAUCUGCCUCUACUCUUAACAGUCUAAAAGAGCAUAUGGUUCGCCAAAUCCAUCUCAUCCUAACUCUUGCUUUGGGUCCACCACCUGCCUCUGAUACAGCUUUCACAUGGCAAUAUCUAGACAAAGACGACAAAGCUCAAGAAUUGAAAGUCACCCCCAUUCAAUUCGCCAAGGAAUUGAACACACCAAAAUCAAUCAGAAUCACCAAUUCCACAGUCCACGAUAUGUUCUCUCUAGUCAACGAUCCUAGAAAUGAAUACAAUACUCUCCUGACUGUCGAUCGUCUCGGUAAUAUCGUAGGCGGCCGUCCAAUUACCUAUGUAAAUGUUUCCAUGUCCGUCAUGAAAGCUGCUUGUAUUUCCAUGUUAAAAGCUGGUCUCCCAAUAUUCUUCGGCUCAGACGUCGGUAAAUACAGUAACUCCAAAUCCGGAGUUAUGGAUCUCGAUCUUAUCGAUUAUGAAUUAGGAUUCAAUAUCAAACUUGGAAUGAGUAAAGCACAACGUUUAAUGACGGGAGAAAGUGCAAUGACUCAUGCAAUGGUUCUUACAGCCGUACAUUUAGAUGAAGAGGGAAAGAGUGUUAGAUGGAGAGUUCAGAAUAGUUGGGGAGAGGGAGCAGGAACAGAUGGCUGGUUUGUAAUGAGUGAUGCGUGGAUGGAUGAAUUUGUUUAUCAGGCAGUUGUGGAACCGAGGUUUGUAUCAAAGAGUGUUAGGGAUGUGCUUGGGGGCGAGGCAAAGGUUUUGAACUUGUGGGAUCCGAUGGGUGCUUUGGCUUGAGGAGGGAAUUAUGAUGAGUGAGCGAUGGUAUAUGAUGAUAUGAGCUUUUGGUUUGAAGGUAGACAAUCAAUGCAGACAUAGCAUUGAGAGGAAUAGGAAAGGGGAGUUAUGAGUUAUGAAUGAUGGGGCUGGGAUGGUAGUUAUGAUACCAAUUCGCGACUCAAGACUAGAUAAUAAAAAUAGCUCUAGCAUCUUCCAAAGCCAAAGAUCAGAUAUGGCAAUUGUAAAUGUAUUUUGAUGGUUGAGAUGGGAUGAGUUGAGUUGUGGCAUGAUAAGUUGAGGUGAGGUGAGAUAAAGAUAAUGAAUUGGUUUUUAGAUGAAUGAAUCAGUAGGUAGAUGGACGGAUCAAUGGAUGAAUGAAUAUAUGAAUAAGUAUUUAAUUAUCAUAAUUUAUACUAAGAUAUAUCAUGCCAGGCUAUAAGAGCAGAUAU